GGCAUCACCCCCAGUCAAAACCUGCAAUGGGAAUAUCCGGUCAAAACGGCUGAAAUCCGUGAGAGUAUGACCACAUCUGGUGAUGACGCAAAGUUCAUCUUCUACUGUCACCACGAACGUAAAUUUAUUGAAUUUGAUACCCAGCAGGUCCACACCGUUCUCGAGGAGCUCAAAAGCUAUGGAUAACGGUCGCUCCCAAAUCUGUCAUUGCUCUCGUUGUGGUGGACUCCGUCCCUCAGUUGACAUCCGAACUGUACAGCGACAUGCCCUCCAGGAUCGUAGGCAGGAGGAAGCUGAAGCAAUUGCUCGUCUGGGGAAACGACCUCGGCUUGCAUCCCCUUCACCGGAACCAGAGGGCUCGCAAUCCUAUCCCUCCUCUCCGACCCACCAACCUCGUUCAUACCCCUCUCCUCCUGCACGUGGUCCUCGCAGAUAUCUACCAAACAACGAUUUCCAAAACUCGAGGCGCAGUAGUAUUCCUUCCGGCCUGGAUGAAUCGGUUCUUCCAUCACCUCCAGCUGCAUCACCAGAGCCCGAGGACGAACUGGACGAAGAUGACCUCAAUGAGCAACAGGUGGAAGAUGCUCAUGCUCGGUAUACCACCGCAUUUUUAGAAAAUCUCCACCUACAUGAGCGAGGUGUUGGAGAUGGUCAGGGAGUCAUAGAUGGCGAUGAGGAGAGCGAUGAAGAGGAAGAACGUGAGGGGAGUAAUGAAAACGUUGGAGCGAAAUCUUCGAUUGAGGAUAUUCGCAUCGCAGAUGAAUUUAUUCAACUCCUGCGUGAAGCUACCCUCGAGAACAGUGGACUUGACGAACGUACAAUCGAACGACUGCGAAAUCCAAUCGAAGGUCCUCCGGAUGAAUUGGACCCAGAUACACGACUAUCCAUUGAUCUCUAUCUCUCUAUUACACACGCCUCCGAAGCCACAUACAGUAGUGUUCGCAAUGCAAUUCUACUUCGUUUUCCUGAAACAAAUAUCCUCUCUUAUCACUGUGUGAAGAGCUUCAUAGCUGAUACCACAGGUGUCAUCAGCGUGUACAGUGAUAUGUGCGUGAAUUCCUGUCAUGCAUUUACAGGGCCCUGGACAGACCUUGAACACU